UGCUGCGCUUGUUUGCUACACGGACUCAUAACAAGGAGGAACAGAGUGAGAGUCAUGGCGCGAACAAGCAAGUCAGCGCUUGUGCUCUGCAUGGAUGUCGGUUUCUCCAUGAGCAAUGCAGCCCCUGGACAUGAACCAUCAUUCGAGCAAGCCAAGAAAAUCAUUCAGAAAUUUGUCCAACGACAGGUAUUUGCAGAAACCAAGGAUGAGCUUGGCUUGGUACUUUUUGGGACUGAUCACACUAAAAAUCCCCUGGCCACGGAUAGCCAAUAUCAGAACAUCGCAGUUCAUCGCCACCUCAUGAUCCCAGACUUUGAGCUGCUGGAGGAAAUCGAAAAGGACAUUCAUCCGGGUUCUCAACAGGCAGACUGGCUGGACGCCCUUGUGGUGUGUAUGGACCUCCUGCAGAAGGAGACUCUGGGGAAGAAGUGCGACCGGUUGAAUAUUGCUCUGCUGACUGACCUAAGCUCUCAGGUCAGCUCCGAUCAACUGGACAUCAUUAUUGAGAACCUGAAGCGGGCCGGUGUCACAGUGCAGUUUUUCCUGCCUUUCCCUGCAGACGCCGCGGACGACCCUGGAGAGGGGGGGUCAGGUGGGGACGGACACGGGGCCGCCCGGAGACCCCCCCACGGGAAGGGGCUGUCGCGGGAGCAGCAGCAGGGACUGGAGAUGGUGCAGCAGAUCAUGAACUCGCUGGACGAGGAGAACGGCUUGGACGAGGUGUACGCCUUCAGUGAUGCCAUUGAGAAGCUGUCCAUCUUCAAGCGCCUUGAGAGGAGGCCAAUGGCCUGGCCCUGCACGCUCACCAUCGGCGGCUCCCUGGCCAUCCGCAUCGUCGGCUACAAAGCAGUCACGGAGGAGAAGGUCAAAAAGACUUGGUCCGUGGUGGACGCCCAAUCCAGCCGGCGAGACGACGUGAAGAGGGAGACCGUCUACUGUCUCCAUGACGACAACGAAACAGAGGUGCAGAAGGACGACACCAUACAGGGGUUCCGAUAUGGCAGCGACAUUGUUCCCUUCUCCAAGGUGGAUCAGGAACAGAUGAAGUACAAGUCAGAUGGAAAGAGCUUUUCUGUUCUGGGCUUCGCCAAACAGAGUAUGAUUAAUCGCCAUCAUUUCAUGGGCAGUCAGGCCAUCAAAGUGUUCGCCCCCAAGGAUGAUGAGCACGCCGCCAUGGCCCUCUCCGCCCUCAUCCGCGCGCUGGACGGCCUGGGCAUGGUCGCCAUCGUCAGGUACGCCUACGAUCGCCGUAGCAACCCCCAGGUGGGCGCUGCCUUCCCCUGCGUCAAGGAAAAAUAUGAGUGUCUCAUCUACGUCCAGCAGCCCUACAUGGAGGAUCUGAGGCAAUUCUCCUUCGCCUCGCUGGAGAACAACAAGAAGUUUGCACCCACGGAGGACCAGCUCUCUGCCGUGGACUCCUUCAUCGACUCCAUGAUGCUGGUGGAGGAGAAUGAGGACGGGGAGGUGGAGGACCUGUUCAAAGUCAACCACAUUCCCAACCCACAGUUCCAGAGACUCUUCCAGUGUUUGCACCAGCGGGGGGUGAACCCCAGUGCCCCGCUGCCCCCCAUGGAGCCGUGGCUGAAGAGGAUGCUGGAGCGGCCCCAGGUCCUGGAGGCACGCUGCCGUGCUCCUCUGCAGGAGGUCAAGAGGAGGUUCCCGCUGAAGGAGGUGGUGCGCAAGAAGGAGCAGAAGACCAGCGCAGACGUGUUCGGGAACGGGAAGGAAGAACCAGAUGCUAAGAAGGCCAAAGUGGACGAGGACGACGAGUACAAUCUGGCGCACAUCUCGGAAGGAAACAUCACAUCUGUGGGAAGUGUGGAUCCUGUUAAAGAUUUCCGUGCACUUAUUCGCCAGAAGACCCUCUCCUUCGGGGAAGUCUGCCAACAGCUGAUCCUCAGAAUAGAGCAGUUGCUGGGCAACAAGGGCACACCCUACUACAUGAAAGCCAUCACCUGCAUCCUGGCCUUCCGAGAGCAGUCUGUCAAGGCCACGAACGCUGAGCUCUUCAACAGCUACAUGCAGUCCCUGAAGAGAAGUAUUCCAGACCGAGGCCUCCAGGAAUUCUGGGAUUUGGUCUGCUCAGAUCGGCUGACGGUGAUCAGCAAAGACGAAGUGGAGGGGAGCACAGUGAGCAAGCAGGAGGCUGAGCAGUUCCUACUGAUGGAGGAGAAGAAGGAGGAAGAGGAGGCCCCUCCAGCAGACGACAUGGGAGACGUGGACGAUCUGCUGGACAUGAUGUGAGGAGGACGUCGUUGGCUGACCACGGACUUUGGAGACGGGAGUCUACAACACGCAAACAGGAGACACGAGUCGACCGUGUGCCUUCAACAGCAAGGCUGUUGCACGUUCAAUACUGUACUGUUCCAAGUGAGCACUGCUCGGUGGUAUGAAGGGGGCUCAAACAUGUCGUUAUUCUUUUUGAUUGAUCUUUUUUGGAUUCCGUUAUAGCUGUAAAACUGACAAAAUGUACUUUUUAAUGUGGGUUUGUCAUUUUAUAAUGAUGAGUUAUCUGAUGACUCCUCUAACGUCUCUUGUUGUCUCUUCGGUGAUCUAUCUCUUUGAGUUCUGUUAUAAAUGUAAAACCGACUAGAUGUACUUUUAUGUGGGUUUGUCAUCUUAUAAUAAUGUAAUAAAAGCUGACUGAUGGU